AUGUCGAACGGAGGAUCUUCAACAGAUCAACAGACGGAGUUGAUGCAGAAGAUGCGUGAAGAGUUUCUACACCAGUUUGACAUACUUCGUCAAGCAAACGAAGUUAGCGUAGCUCAGAUCGCUUUGCUUCAACAGCAGAAUAACACUUUGAAAAUGGCGAUGGCUCAGUUGGCACCACCGCCACCACCAGGUGAUACGACAGCACCUCCUAAUCAGAAUAUUCCUCUAGGUAACGGGCCUCAACCUAAUGGGGCACGACCUAAUGAGGCUCAGCCAAAUGAGGUUCAGAAACAGCAGAGGGCAAGAUCCAAGGCAGUCGCUUCAGACAACUUCCCUCGUCGCACGCAGGACGAGCAAGCCGUGUCUAGCCAUAAGCUCACAGUAUGGUCCAAUGAUAUUCUAGAUGGUGCAGGUGUUCAGGAUGCCUUUGAUGAGAAAAGACUCCUGAAGAUUCAGACACCCGCUGAGAUGGCCAAAGAGCACAAAAACUCCCUGGUGAAGACUCUUUUCACUGACGAUGUGUAUAUGGUUGAGAGGCCCAAGAAAUUUAUCAUGCCUUCUUUUACUCAGUUUGACGGUACGGGAGAUCCUUCUCGGCACCUGAAUCAUUACGCCCAAAAGAUGGCUUUGGAUGACAGUAAUGACCUUUGGAUGUGUAGAGUUUUUCCUACCAGUUUGACAGGAGCAGCACUAGAGUGGUUCAGGAAUAGGCCACACAAGUCCAUCCCGGAUUACGUAACUCUGUGCACCAUGUUCCUAGAACAAUACUGCGGAAAUAAGAAGCAAAAGAAGAGUAUUGCUAGCCUCUUCACCGUAAGGCAAAAGAAAGGAGAAACACUGCAGAAUUUCUCAUCUAGAUUCAACAUGGAAGCCUCGGAAAUAGUAGACUGUCAUCCCGCGACUGCUAUAGAAACAUUUAAACUUGCAAUGAUUCAGGGGACGAAGUUUCAUCCUUCUUUGGUCCAGAUCUACAUCCGGCUCGAGGAAAAUGUAGCCCACCGAGCGUAUCACGCCACCCUUGUGACAGUGGAGAACAAGCCUCGGGAGAGAAUUCUAAAUUCAAAAAUCCAAAAAAGCCAGCGCACCUCAACGCCGAUCACCCAGGCACCUGAGAAGAGGCAAAGGAUAGAGGAAGGGUUUACACCUCUCCAAACUACCUUGGCUCUGCUCUUCCAAGAGAAUAAGAUGAGGUUCACAGCCCCACAGCCAAUGAAGCAAACCCUGGAGCAGAGGGACAAAAGCAAGCAUUGCGCUUAUCAUCGAGAUUACGGGCAUUCAACCAAUGAUUGCAGAUCCCUUAGGCGACAAGUGGAAAAUAUGAUAGCCAGAGGUGAGUUGGCAGAUUACCUCAUGACGAAGGAGUAUGUGAAGCCCCGCGAGGUCUAUCCUCGCAAGGUAGAAGGUACUCAAGUAAAGGUCAUUCAUGCAAUACAUGGCAGAUCUGAAGAUGAUCAAGAGUCUGAGGAGGUAUACAGAUCCAGAUUGAGGGCAACCCAUAAGCUCAGGAAGAUAUCCUCUGUUAAUGCUAUCGUUUCAGGCAACAUCAGUAUUGGAUUCGGCGAUGGCGACCUAUCCAGAGUUCAACUCCCCCGCGAGGAUCCAUUGGUCAUCAGUCUUUUAGUGGUGAAUUGCAUGAUCAAGAGGGUUUUAAUAGACCCAGGAAGUAGUGCCAACAUUAUCACAAAGGCGGUAUUUGAGCAGCUAAAGAUCCUGUCAUCAUCUAUUCGACCUACCUCCAGCCCAUUGAUGGGGUUCGAUGGCACAAGAGUAGAUCCCCUUGGGGUAAUAGACUUAUCCGUAACUGCAGCGAAGAGGACUUUGAAGGAGAACUUUGUUUUAACAGAGAUCCACCCUUCCUAUAAUCUCAUCAUGGGAAGAGGCUGGAUACACCGAAUGAAAGGAGUUCCGUCCACCCUUCAUUAG